AUGGUGUGUAGCGCGCGUGCUUUAUUUGUUGGGUUAUACGAGAAAAGAGAACUCAGAAAAUGGAAAGGGGCGGCAUUGGGGGACUUGGUGGGCAGGGCCGCAUGUGAUGUUAAUGAUCUUGGCGAUUGUGUCAUCGUUGAAAGUGCUGUAAGAGGUGCUUGA